AUGCUUGUUUAUGAUCCACCAAACGACUUUUCUCACCUUGAGCUUCUCUUUCCCUCUAAGCAGCAGCCAUUGACCCCAUCCAAGAAACCAAUAUACGGACAAUGUGACCUUGAUCUUCAAGUCAGAGAGAUCCCAGAUUUGGCGAGUCUACGCUCCUCGGAUCUCCUAAUGAUGCAAACUCAUUACAGCUACUUUGAUGAUUCAGAUGUUGAUACCUCUCUUCAUCUCUGA